AUGGGCAACUCUAGUAGCUCCCGGGAUCACAUUCUCUUAGAUGAACAUGCUGCUGAUGUUGCAGAACCCACCGCAACAAAUGUGACUCCGCAUUUGAAGAUCUAUACUUAUGCCCAGCUCAAGAGGGCCACUGGAAAUUUUAAUCCUCGUAACAUGCUUAGGGAGAACUGUUUGGGAAGGGUGUACAAAGGUUGGGUAGACGAGGGAACGUUAGCUCCCUCGUCUAAGAAUGGCGUUGGAAUUCCUGUGGCCGUCAGGAAAUCCAACCCAGGCCAACGCCUCCUGCAAUGGCAGGUAGAAGCAGAAUUCUUGGGAAGAUUUAGUCAUCCGCAUAUCGUGAAGCUUUUAGGAUAUUACAGGGAUGACAAACAGUUUCUGCUUGUUUACGAGUACAUGCACAAAGGAAGCUUAGAAAAUCACCUGUUCAGAAAUGGUGGUGCAGGACAUCUUUCAUGGAAAACGCGCCUUAAAAUAGCCAUUGGAGCAGCUCAGGGCCUCGUUUUUCUUUACACUAAUAAACAAGUCAUGUACCGAUCUUUCCAAACCGCCAUGAUACUACUAGAUAAGGACUUCAAUGCGAAGUUAUCAGAUUUUGGAAGGGUGAAAUUCCAAGGCCAUUCCCGCUUUUCAACUGAUGUUGGAAUUGAUGGUGAUCAGAUUAUCGCUGAUCAUCCUGAUUUAUUCUAUGCACCUCCAGAGUACGUUGCUACCGGUCAUUAUUCUCACGACGUUUAUAGUUUUGGACUUGUACUGCUGGAAAUGAUAACUGGACAGCGAGUUUUCGAUAGGACUCGUCCUUCUCAGCAGUUUAAUUUAGCUAACUGGGCAAAACCCUAUCUGCACAAAAAAGACACAUUAAAGAUAAUUAUGGAUCCUAAUUUACAAGGCCAAUAUCCGAUCAACGCUGCAUUUGAAACAUCACAACUUAUACUCAAGUGCCUCGAAUACUCCAAGACAGAUCGACCAUCCAUAAAUGAUGUAUUGCAGGCUUUAGAACGUAUUAUCGCCAUCAAUAUGGCUUCUCAAGAACAAUGA